GCUGGGUGCCGGCAUUUGUCGAUUACUAGCCCAGGACCCAGACACUUUGGUGGAUUUUUAGUUUAUCGCGAAAAAGACAAAGAAAAUUCAAAAUGGAGGCGAUUAAGAAAAAAAUGACCAUGCUUAAGCUGGACAAGGAGAAUGCGAUCGACAGAGCCGAGCAAGCGGAAACCGACAAGAAAUCUGCCGAAGACAAAGCUACUGGGUUGGAGGAAGAGCUCCAAGGUCUGCAGAAACGACUCAAAGCAACCGAGGACGAGUUGGAUACGUCACAGGAGAAACUUCGAACCGCUAUCGAGAAUUUGGAAAACGCGGAGAAGAAAGCUGCUGACGCAGAACAAGAGGUCGCGUCAUUGAACCGCCGCAUCACCUUAGUUGAAGAGGAAUUGGACAGAGCACAAGAGAGACUUACCAUUUCACUUUCUAAGCUUGAAGAGGCGGAAAAGGCUGCAGAUGAAAGCGAACGUGGCCGCAAAGUUAUCGAGAACCGAUCGUUGAAGGACGAAGAAAGAUUGGAAGUUCAAGAAAUUCAACUUACCGAAGCGAAGAACAUCGCUGAGGACGCCGACCGUAAAUACGUGGAGGUCGCUCGCAAGCUUGUUAUGGUGGAAGCUGAACUUGAGCGGGGAGAGGAGAGAGCUGAACUUGCUGAAAGCAAAGCAACGGAACUCGAAGAGGAAUUGAAGAUUGUGGCGAACAACCUGAAGUCACUUGAAGCAUCUGCUGAGAAGUAUGCAGCAAAGGAAGGAAUCUUUGAAGAAGAAAUCAAGACUUUGUCCGACAAACUGAAAGAUUCGGAGACAAGAGCUGAGUUCGCUGAAAAGUCGGUGGUUAAGUUGGAGAAGAACAUUGAUGAAUUGGAAGACUCUCUGUAUGCUGAGAAAUGCAAGAUCAAGGCGAUAUCUGAGGAUAUGGAUGUAACUCUGCAAGGAAUUGGUGAUCUGUAAUCUGUAAUAUGUGUGUUGAGUGUUUAUCAGUUAAUUAGUUCAGCAAACCUUACCUGAUUUAGAAGGUCAUACAAUAAAUAAAGUGUACGUGGA